UACAUAGAGAGAGGGAGAGGGAGAGAGAGAGCGAGGCAUUAACAGAUGGAUUUGCUUUCACCGCUUGUGUUGGUAAUGGCAAUGCUUUUAUCAGGGCCAAAAAUGUAUGAAUGUGCAAGAAUCUUCACCAUACUAAACAGUUGCAAGGAAACAAUCUGGCCUGGAAUAACCCCUGGUGACAACUUUAACGGUGGAGGUUUUGCACUAAAACCUGGCCAAUCUAUUGUCUUUCAAGCCCCAAUAGGUUGGAGUGGCCGCAUAUGGGGUCGAACCGGUUGCAAGUUUGACAAAAAUGGCAAUGGUCCAUGCCAGACAGCGGACUGUGGCAACACCCUUAAGUGUUCAGCCUCAGGCAAAACCCCAGCAUCACUUGCUGAAUUCACCCUUUCUGAAUUAGAUUUUUACGAUGUUAGCCUAGUUGAUGGAUUUAAUUUGCCACUAGCUGUUACACCCAUCAAUGGUAGGGGAAACUGCACCGUUGCAGGAUGUGAUUCAGACCUGCGGAAAAGUUGCCCCUCCGAGCUGAGUGUGAAGGCCAAUGGGAAGGUUAUAGCUUGCCGAAGCGCCUGCGACAUAUUCAACACCGAUGAGUAUUGCUGCAGAGGGCUAUAUGGGAACCCUGUGGUUUGUCAACCAACAUAUUAUUCCAAGAAGUUCAAGUCUGCAUGUCCUACUGCAUAUAGUUAUGCAUAUGAUGAUCCUACCAGUAUUUUUACAUGUUCUGGACCAGAUUAUGUGAUCACCUUCUGCUCAACCAGGAAUCAAACGGUAUGCACUUACCAUGAUCACAAGCUCAUCUGCAAGAACAAAGCAAAUGGCACAAAUCCAUUGAUGGGAACAUGGUGGUCUGCUAUGCUUGCACUGCUAUUAGUGGCUAGCCUGUGGUUCAAACUAUAAGAAAAACCAAUCUUUGUUUUGGGAAAUAGUACAACGAUUUUUUUUUCUCUAACAUGGCAAAGAAUGUAUAACGGUAUAUAAAUAUAAUUCAUUCUUUAAUUUCUUUUAUUUGAGAAG